CCGUCAAAUUUGAUAAACCGCCAAUUUUUUCUUAUAAUUAUAUUUUUACUAUCAAGCAAAAAUGGACGAACACAAUGAUGAAACUCUUUACUUAGAUAAGUUUGAAGAUACUUAUGUUUCUUGGGAUAUUCACAAAGAAUUGAAUGAAAAUAUGACACUUGAUCAAACAGCUGAACAUGAACAUAAUUCUGGAAAACAAAUUUCCUUAUCAAUGGAAAACACGUGCCAAAAUAGUAGUUCAAUCAUGAAACUAAACUCGACGACCUUAACUGAUGAAGGUAAUGUCAGCGACAAUUGUAAAGAAAACAAAGAUUUGUACCAAUCAAAAAUUUCAAUAUCGCCCAUUGAACAAUCGAAUCAGCCAACGAAAUCGACUACAUCUUAUGAAUUGUUAAGAUGUUCAAAUCUAUCGGAAAUUCGACCCAUCACAGAUUCCGUUGAUAAUUCUAAUUCAAUUGCUAAGACAAAAUCUGAUUCGGGAAUUUCUCAACCCAGCCAAUUACUUUCAAAUGAAUUUAGCUCGACUAAUAUUUUGAAUUUAGCUUUUGAAGAAAUACCCGAAGUAUCCAUACAAUCAAAGUCUUUACAAGAUUUCGAACAGCAGCCAAUUGAAAUCAAAGCUGAAUCUGACGAUGAAAACGCCGAACAAAAAAUUGAAAAACUCUUGGAUUAUUCCUUACAUUGAAUCAAAACUUGAUUUACAGUCCCGAUGACGGAGACAAAAUACCUGCAACGCUAUUUGGAAAUGAUAAUUUAUUAAAUUUAUUAGACGUCUCUUUAUCGCAAUUGGACCUUCUUUCAAGUAUUGAAAUGGCUAAAGAACCAACGGAAGAAUUGACUUAUCAAAAAGAUGAAGCUAAUAUUAUGGAAUCAGCAGCAAAACAGGAAAAAGAUGAGGUGAAUGAUCCGAAAAAUAGUGCUGAACAUAUAAUCCCAUCAUUAGAUGUACCAAUCAUCAAUAAUGGAAAUGUUAAUAACGAACAAACACAACAGUCGAACGAAAUGUGUAUUGUUGCUAAUAAUGAAGAUGAUGAUGAUCAAAUUAAUCCGACAACAAGCACUAGAGAAACAGUCAUGGAGGAUUAUGGAAAAAUUUCUUGUUCGACAAUAGAGGAUGAAAAUCUUACAUUGUUAGAUUUAACGAAUACAUCAUGUGAUUUUUUAUUGUCGAUAUCCUAUUCACAAUCCACUAUUUUUGGCGAUUCGAUCAAGACCUCAUCUCAAUUAGGUACGACCAAAACAAUCAGCAAUGAAAUCGAAAAAAUGGAUUCUAAUGCACCGGAAAUUGACAAACCAUGUGAACUAGAAAAAAAUAUACCAUCUGAAUUAGAUCAAGUCGAAAACAUUCAACAUGAACAACAACAACAACAACAACCAGAAGAACUUGAACAAAAAAAGAAUAAACAAAUAAAGACAAUAACUACUAUACCCAUUGCCAUUCGUUCACCUUUAUUAAGUUUGGAUAAUAAAAAGCAAAAGCACAUUCCAACUCGGAUUGUUACGCCAAAAGUUUUGCCAUCAAAACCAUUUGCAACCAUUAGCGAUCGUAAGAUCACAACUUUGGCUAACAAAAAAAUUGAAUCAACAAUUACAAGUUUGAAAAAAUCUCGAUUACCUGUACUAACUUCGAAUAAUUUAAAAUCAAUGAAAAUGAAUAAUAACUGUUCUAAAUUGCCAAUUUUGAAACGAAAAAAUUGAAUCAUUAUAAUAUCUAUUUUGACAAAAAUCGUCUAAAAUAGUUUUAAAAACAUUGUAAUUGUAAUGAUUAAUAAAAUGGAUUUUUUUCAACAUUUCUAAAUAAAAUUUGUGAAGAUGAUUCAACUUU